AUGCGAGGCGCUACUGCGCUGCGGCCUCAAAGGCUGUUAUCGUCGGUGCGCGUCGGGUACUCACCAUCUCGACCGGCCUGUCUUCUAUGUCAGCACAAACAGUUCACAUCCAGGACGCCCAGCGUACCCUCUCUACAACGUGGUCUAGCAUCAUCCCCAAGUCGUCCCUAUCCAGGCCAAACCACCUCGGAGAAACAAAGCUCCAACAACCUGCCCACUCCGGAUGUGACGAACCACUACACGAUAUUUCCAACCACGCUCCCACAGGGACCCCCUCCCAAUUCGCCGUUUAUACUCGAUGUGGCAGCCCUCCGGCGUGAAUUCCUUCAACUCCAAGGCGCUGUGCACCCAGACAAAUACCCUCAGGGCCCCGAAAAGCAACGCGCCGAAGCCCUCUCGUCGCGCAUCAACGAUGCAUAUCGCACACUGAGCGACCCGCUCAGUCGAGCGCAAUACCUCCUCGCCGAGCUCCACGGCAUCGAUAUUUUGGCAGAGGAUGGCGCCUCGAAAUACGCGCUCGAUCAUGAGACACUGAUGGAAAUAAUGGACGUCCAAGAGACCGUUGAAGAAUUAUCGUCUGCACCCGUCGCGGAGGCAGAAGCUACUAUCAACCGACUCCGCGCAGAGAAUGCGGGUCGGAUCGAGGAUUCGGUGGCGAAGUUGCAGAAGGCGUUUGCCGAGGGAGAUAUUGAGACUGCGCAGAUGGAGACGGUACGGUUGAGGUUUUGGUAUAGUCUCAGAGAUGGGCUGAGGGAGUGGGAGCCGGGCCAUGCGGAGAUUCGGAUUGUGCAUUGA